AUGCUUUUCCGAACCAUCGCCUCUAUCGCCUUCCUGGCUUGUGCCAGCAACGUUGCUGCCGAGCCCCAGCCUUACAAGCUGGUCAAGGCACCCGUUCAAGGCCUCAGCCUCUCUCGCCGUUCUACGCCCGGAUACCAGCCUGAUCAGUCUGUCUGCGGUGGUGGUGGUGACACUUGUGCUGAGGCUUGUGGUGCUGGUUACGAGUCUUGCCCUUCUGAGGAUGACUCUACCCACUGCUUCAACCCUACAGUUAAGCAGUCUUGCUGCUUUGACGGCACUGGAAACUCUUGUGAUGCAGGUUACUACUGUUCUCAUGACACCAAGGCUCAGACCUGGUGCUGCCCUGAAUCUAUGGAUCUUGCUCAGUGUGCCAAGGCGUAUGGCGUUAAGGACGGCCUCAAGACCGAGAAGCUCAUGACCUCCACCGCUGCUCCCACCGUUGCUUCUACUACUGCUGCUCCUACCACCACCUCUGCGCUCGAGACCACCUCGACAACCGUCUACAUCACCAGCACCUCUCUUGCCAGCACCGAGCCUGCAACCACCACCAAGUCGGUUGUCGCUAAGACCACGACCAAGGCUGCUAAGACCACCAUUGUCGCUCCUAGCUCUGGCUACAGCACGGCUUGGAGUGGUUCCAACAGCACCAUCGCCACUGCCGCGCCUACUCAGCCAUCUGAGUCUGCUCCUGGCUCUGCUGAGCCUUCCACCAUUAGCAGUGGCGCUUCCCUCACUGGCGUGAGCGCCAUGCUCCUCGCCGCUGCUGGCUUCUUCGCCCUUCUCUAA